UGGGAAUCUUCCUUCUUUGCUCUACUCUGAGCAAUUUCAUAGUGAAAACGCAGUCACUCAAAGCGCAUGCCUAGAAAUGAAAGUGCCUCUACAUACUCUUAAGGGUGAUAAAACAACAGUGUAUACCAAUCAUUAAAGCAACUCCUGUGAUACGCCUUAUCAGGAAGGGGACACGUAUCUUUGUCCCAAUUCUUCAAGGGUGGACUUUGUCGGUUAGCUUCCUCCACAAUCUUAUGGAAUUCAACUGGCCCACCUGGUGGCAUUCUUAUCAAUCUCAGAGGAUGCUUCCCUCGAACUCUUCUUUUGCUACUGAUUUCCAUGACAACACGAUCAGGCACCACGAAUGAAAUCCCAAACCUUCUUGGCUGAGCUCGAAUUGCCCACAAGUUAACUUGCCUCCUUGUUUUUUGUUUUGCUACACCCACAGGUUGCAUGAUACAUAUAUCAGUGAUAUCCAAUAAAUCAAAAGGAAGGUAAUUAAGAUCAUAGGCUAGAUUUGAUGGCCUUGAUUUGGUGUUGGAUGAUGAUUAAAGAAAUUUGCAGAGUUGGGUUUUGGUUUUGGAUGAACUUGCACAGCUUUUGGGUGGGACUUUUAUAAGCAUACCGCGUGUUAAAUCUGGUUCUACAAAACAUUAAAAAACCAGGGAUGCAAGUUCAUUUCUGAUAGCUUGUUCACUGGUUUUGCUAAUGGUUUUAUAGCAAAAACAGGCACACUAAUCACUAUGGCUGGCGCUUGCCCUGUAAGUUUCGACAACUGACCGUGCGCCAAAGUCCAAUGGUCGAAGUAGUUGGGGAUGAGGAAUAUAUGGGCCCCCCAAUAGAUUGUUUCAAUGGGCUGACAAUGCACAAACGGUCACACUUUGGGCCUAAAUGGGCUGAAUUUCUUUGAGAUGGUCUCCUAGGGUGGAGUUCACAACUUACAUGACUCCGCAUGCAGGUAGGGAGUAGGGAGCAGGGAAUUAAAGAGGUAGGGUAAUUGAGAACUGGGAAGAGAGAGAGGGGAAAGUAAAUGGGGAAGGAAGGGGAAUUGUGGGAUGAUUCAGCUCUCAUCAACGCCUUCGACGAUGCCAUGUCUAAGUACAAGAAAAUGCAUGGAAAGAAAAGAAUCCACGAUAAAUCAACUGAUGGAGGGAAAUUUGGUGGCGGCACAGAGGAUGAAAAUGCCUCUGCUAUUACUAGGGUCGAUGAAAGUCUGGAUGGGACUGUUAAGGAGGCAGAUGAGAACAGCAAUGUUAUAUCGAAUACUGUCACAGAAUUGGAAGAGACUGAAAACCUUGCACCGGCCAAAUUAAAUAAUUGUGUAGAUUCACUUGGACCUGAGCCAUAUGUAGAUCCAUCAAAUGGUGGUGUUCACGCACAAACUCUCAGUGGUUUGUAUUCACAUGGUGCAGAAGAUUAUAACCAGUUACUCGGCCAGUACUAUGAGCUUGAGGAGAAGAGGCAAAGGAUUCUACAGCAACUUAAUCUGCAUGGUGGUUAUAACUACCAAUAUCCUGCUGAAGGUUCAGGUUCUGGUGGUUAUUGGGGAACCUGUUCUGCUUCUCAAAAUCAGUCGGUUGCUGCAACCCAAGCUUCACUCUCCCCUCUCAUCUGUUCUUGUUGCCCUUAUGCUUGUCAUUGUUCAGUGGCUCCAUGCUCUUCAUUCUCAUCUUGUACUUUUGGUGGGACAUCUAUUGGUAAAGCAUGUACUGAUUCUUCUGCCAUGAUGAACCCUGGAAAGUCUUUCCCUCCCAUAGAUGAUGACAUUGUGAAAACAGCAAUGGAUGCUGCAGAAAGAGCAAUGUCAUCCAUGACAAUGAAUGCUCAUGUUGUCAACUCCGAUAUACAAGGCAAUAAAGCUGAGAAAAGGAAAGAUAAUGAAGGAGAAAUAACUCAAAAUACAAGCUCUGAAACAGAUCUGACAGUUGUAUUAAACGCUUGGUAUUCUGCAGGCUUCUACACUGGGAAGUAUCUUACGGAGCGAUCCAUUGCAAAGAAAUGGCAUGGCUAAGUAUUCUUUAUCCAUGCAGAGCAGAGGAAAAGUGGUUUUGCAACAAAAUUUUGGUCCAAUAUGGAACACUAGUUUGUAAUUCCUUAGUCUAGAUUCUGAUGUAUCACUGAUUUAUAGUUACCAAAAUCGAGCUCAAAAGAAGCAACUUUUGUGUUAUAGCUACAGUCGCAUAAGUUGGGGUUUUAUAACACUUUUCUGUACUCAUUACUUCCAGUCAGGAGAAAUUAUAUGGCUCAACUACAUGUGAGGGUAGUCCCCUCACAAGUAGAUUCACAA